AUGUAUCUCAAGUUAUUGGUUAUUUUACUCUUUGCACCGUUUGUCUUGGCUGAUGACUGGGAAGACUUUACGAACAACCUCGCAACGGACCUGGCGCCCCUGAUCACUCUUUUCGGUGAACGUCUGACCAAACAAUUCCUCUCGGAAUCAAUCAGUCUUUUGGACAAUGUCAUCUUUGCACUGUCACCACUUGGGGUGUUGACCGCGGCCGUGUCCGUGAUUAGGGUUUGCGGUAGUUCGUCUCUUCGCGCAUUUGUUGGCCGAGCACAAGAGGGCCCAGCCGAAGCUGAGAACGAGAUUUUACCAUGCGUGUCAGGGUCUACAGCCGAGCUCUUCAACGAGGGCGGUAUAUCUCGAGUAUUUGGACGGCCUAAGAUCCUUGAGAUCGUUGCGUGGGAGGAGGGCUCCAAAGCCGGGGAGAAAACACUAAUGAUUGGGACAUUGCGCGAUGCGCUUAGGGAAAACGCAUGGUCGAUUAAGAACCCCGAAAUUUCUCCGAAGGAUAUAGAUGAAUUUUUGGAGCUGCCUGAGCUGGAAAUCCCAAACCUAUCGUUGAAUAAAGGGAUAAAAAGGCAGCAUCAACUUUGGUUUCGCUGUGUUGCUAUUAUCGGAACCGUACUUCAAACAGGUGUGGUUGUCUAUGCUGCAAUCACGGUCUUUAUAUUCCCCGGGUCUUUCAAGAAGGAUGGGAAAGCUGUUCCCAGCUAUGCCUUUCCACUUUAUAUUACUGGCACGAGCUUCCUGUUCCUGGGGAUGCUCUAUUGCGCAAUCAUCAUUCAGCGCUCCUCGAAAAACUAUAAGUUCAUGCCCGAGAAGCCAAGUAAGCUCUAUUGGUUACAGCCCGGAAACCAAAACGUCGGUGAUCAAGUUUUCAGAGCAUUUCUGGCAUCUGAAGAAGAGCAGUACUCGAAACUGGCAACAUCAGCAGCACCUUAUAUCAAGUCAAUGAGGUUUCACAGAAAUCCCGACAGGUACAUGCAAGUCUACUUGGCUCUUUUCUUCACAGUGACCGGAUAUAUUUUUCAAUUUAUAGGGCUGAGAGGACUUCAUGCAUCUGUCAUCCUGGCCCAAUUGGGGUCAACAUUUGUCAUGGCUGUGUUACGAACUUUCCUUCGGACUGAGAGGAUGACCCCGGAAGAGAACAAAUUACUGGCUGAACGAGACCUCGUAUGUCACAAACAGCAGGAGCUUGACUAUUUUGCUUUUCAUUUUGAGGGCGUCGAUUCUUUGAGGUUGGUGUCGCCUCCAACACCUCCAGACACAUCAGCAGAUGAUUCAUCAGCAACUACUACACAACAACCUGAGGACCCUCUCGUUAGUAAAGUAAUUCAGAGAAGAGCUCGACUCGCAGAAAUGACUCACAGCUCAGAUGACAAUUUGCAUCUGGGCUGGGACAAUAUCGCCGCUCGUGAGCAGGCCCAACGCCUCGCUAAAACGAUAGAGGCAACGAUGGACUCAAUGUCGAGCUGGGGCCAAGACUUUGGAAAAUUAUUUCAAUUCAAUCUCACUUUCGAGUGCAAAUUAUCACCUCCAAAGUCUACAACUUCAACCCAAGGAACCUUUCCAAUCAACCUACGAAGAUGCGGGGACGCCCUGCGAUGGCAAGUCAAUGCCAACGAGCUGGAAGCUAUUAUCGGCCUAUGGACAUGGUCACUAUACAAGCCAGAAGAGAAUUGGCAAAAGCCAUUGUAUCGUAUGAUUGGUUUGGAUCAUGCCGAGGCAGGCAAAGAGGAGACAUAUUUAUGCUUUCGAAAAUGGAUUUUUCGCCAAACAAAGGCAAAGCUUUUUGCCACGAGCAUGAUUGAUGCUCGACACCAGCUCUUUGGCUUCGAAUCUGACGAAUAUUCCAACGACAAAGACAUAUUGGCUGUACGAACAGAAAAUAAUCUAGAGACAAUGGUAGCCCAGGACAUUUAUAUUCAUUUUCUGGACCAAGCAAUGUCGGAUUUGGAAGAACUGGGAGGCGAUGUUGAUGUUGUAUCCGGACUUCAGAACUCCUGGUUGGCUCAGAAUAACCGCGUCAACGAGAUGGUGCAACAUUUUGAGGACUGCGACUUCGGCUCUAGAGAAGAUGCUCUUCUCUGUAUCAUACCAGUUUUGAAGAAGCAUAACAUACUACCCCCUCUUGCAGCUGAUUCCCGCAACGUGAAGAAGCGCACAGAAAAUUUUAUUGAGAAGAGGGACUGGGAAAGUGCAUUUUCCCUUAUACGUUGGCUUUGCCAGCGUACUGAAGGACCGGAAUUCGAAUAUUCGGUAUACCAACUAGGCUAUCUUUGUCAACUUGCCAUGUUGGAUGGAAACAAAUCCGCCAUGGAGUAUGGUCUAGAUCAGGCAUGUUCUCUUUUCAAAAAUGACAUUAGAGACGAUUCAUAUACACAAUGGGGGUUCUGUAAGCCUUCACAUUGGCAAAUGCCCCAACAACAUGUCGAAUGGUGGCUUUCGUUCGCUCGCCAGCUUAGCUGGACCGCCUGGACUAUUUCAACCAGCGUCGAGAAUGCAAAUUGGAUGCAGCCCAUUUUAAAGACUUACAAUGUCCCACAGACAAUCCUUGAUCCAAAGGAUAUGAGCUGCACCAACGAGGAUGCCCAGAAGGGCCUUGACGCUUUUCAGAUGUUGAUGACUGCCAAUAACUCCAUGAUUGACACUAGCCACUUGAAUUAUCGCAGUGGAGAAGCCAUGUUUUUCCAAUGGGCCCACAAAACCUCCAACUAUGCGUUGAUUUAUUUUUUCUUGAUGAGGAUGAUGAAGUUGAGCGAAGAACACCCGGCUUUGAUUGAAAUGGCCUGGACCCUCGCGUCUAGCAUACACUCAGACUGGGUUAUCGAAAUUCUUCGACGACAGAAUGCCGAUAUUGAGGCAGUUGAUGACUAUGGUGCUUCGGCUUUAGUAACUCAAGUUAGAUUGAACGAUCUAAAGGCGGUUGAGAUGCUAGUAGAUAAAGGAGCAGAUCCGAACGCAAACGACAUCCCAAAUUUUGUCAAGCCGCUGCUAGAAGCUGCCAGUGAAGGCUUCACAGAUAUCGUGGAGACUCUGUUGCAUGCCGGUGCUAAUAUCAACAUCAGGAGUUCCAUUGGUCAUACUGCAGUGCAUUUAGCGAGCAUUUAUUCCCACUUCGACACAGUCCGUUUGUUAGCUGGUCGUGGUGCGAAUAUGGACUUGUGUGGAGUUGAUGGAAAUAACCCUAUCUCCUCGGCUGUGACAAAUGAAAAAAUCGAGAUGGUAGACUUACUUGUGGACCACGGAUGCAAUACAAACUAUUUGGAUGACGCUGGUCGGACCCCGUUGAUGCUGGCAGUGUUAUGCAUGAGGGACUCGUCAAAAGGUGUUAAAAUGCUACGCUUUUUGUUGUCCAGACACGCCGACCCUAAUAUUCGAGAUCCUCAGGGAUUUACCGCUCUUGAUCUAGCUAAAGAUCGGGGGUGGCAGGAAGGAGUGAGUGUCCUAAAUACCGUGACGGGCCAAUAA